CAAACGUCUUGGUAUUGCCCAUGUACAGACCCUCAAACUGAAAGAGGAAGUCGUUUGCGUUAAAUACAGCCCGAACCAGAAGUUAUUAGCUGUUAGUCUGCUGGAUUGUACAGUUAAAGUGUUCUUUGCCGAUUCUCUCAAAUUUUUCCUGUCUCUUUACGGUCACAAGCUACCUGUCAUGGCUUUGGAUAUUUCCUCAGAUAGCACAUUGAUCAUCACUGGAUCUGCUGACAAGAAUAUCAAGAUAUGGGGGCUGGACUUUGGGGAUUGUCACAAGUCUAUAUUUGCUCAUGAUGAUGGCAUUAUGGGACUUCAGUUUAUCGCGAACACCCAUUACUUCAUGUCAGUCAGUAAGGACAAGACCCUGAAGUAUUGGGAUGCCGACAAGUUUGAACAAAUCAUGGUGCUACAGGGUCAUCAGGGAGAGGUCUGGUGCCUAGCUGUCAGUCCCAAUGGAGAAUACGUGGUCACGGGGUCGCAUGACAAGUCUCUGCGUCUAUGGCAACGAACGGAUGAGCCAUUGAUCAUUGAUGAGGAGCGUGAACAGGAAAGAGAAACUGCUUUUGAAGAAACUCUGGCACAAGGGCCGGAACAAGUCAUUCCUGGAGAAAAUGAUUCUGAAGCGAGAAAGGCUGGAAAGAAGACAAUGGAAAGCAUGAAAUCGGCGGAACAAUUGAUGGAAGCCAUUGAACUGCACAGAGAGGAAUCUGCGAAGAUGUUCGAGUAUCGAACCGCCUUGAAAGUAAACAAAAAGGCUCCACUUCCCCCUACUAACCCAAUAUUGAUGGCAUUUGGUAACAUUUCGUCUUCUCGUUAUGUGCUACAAGUCACUCAAAAGAUCCGUUCCAGUGAGCUGGAAGAAGCACUGGUUGUUUUACCAUUUGAUUAUGUCAUUGAUAUUCUGAAGCUACUUGACGAAUGGAUAAAGGCAAACUGGGAGAUAGAGCUGUCUUGUAGAUGUCUGUUCUUCUUGAUGAGAAUCCAUCACAACCAAAUAGCAGCCACUAGUAAACUCUUACCAGUAAUCRACUCCAUUCGUCAGAACACCAAACGACAAGUACACGGACUAAGGGAUAUAAUAGGAUUUAAUCAAGCUGGUAUGCAGUUUCUUCGCCAAGAAAUGGAAGCCAAGGAAAUCUCAUUUUUCACUGAUGCUACUGAAAAACUAAGAAAUAUACGAAAGAAACGUAAAACAGUUAAACAAGUYGUAAUUUAACCCUUGAAUACUUUUUCUUAAAUAUGACUAAAAUAAAGGUACUAUGAGUUGUACAAGUGUACUAACAAA